GCUUCGAUCUUUGAUAGUCGACUCGUUUACCAGUUUUGGUUUUGGCUCUAGAAUUUUGGCAGUAAUAGGUUAUGACUGUUUAUUAUAAAAAUAAUUCUCUUUUGAAAUCAUAAAAGGCUGUAUUAUUGUAAUGAUCUAGUUAUGUGAGUGGGGAAUAGCAUAGCCUACCUUAUCUAAAGCAAUGGCUGAAAUGCAAGAUGAUUCCAACGGUCUAGAGUUGAACUUUGCAAUUUGCACUGAACCGGGGAUUGAAGAUGAAUCAUUUGUUCCGGCUUACGAAUGUCCGGGAAUCUACAAAUUGUCAGCGAAUAAGGAUGAAGCACUAAAAACACCGGCAUUCAGACAAGGACCCUCAAACUUCAGAAACUGGAAUGGCAAUCAACAAUUUCAGCAAAAUAGACCAAACUUCAGACAACCUUUCAAGAAAAAAUUCCAGCGCUACCACCUGGACAUAGAACAGAAGUUCGGCCAAUUUCGGCCUGGCGCACUGAGCAGUCGGUUGAGACGCGCCCUGGGCUUGCGUCGCAGUGAGCUUCCUGCCCAUAUCUACCAGAUGCGAAACCUCGGUUAUCCGCCCGGCUGGCUAGAGGAGGCCAAGAUUGUACACUCCGGAUUGCUAGUUUUCGAUAGCAAGGGCAAGACCGUUAAAGAGAAGGAAGAAGACGAGGAUGGAGAAUUGAUUGAUUAUGAACAGAGGAGUAAAUACGACAUCAAUAAACUGGUCGAAUAUCCUGGCUUCAACGUGCUAGCAGAGGGCCGAGUUGAAGAUCAAUGGGAGGAAUACGGGUCUGUGCCGAUGCUGGAGCGUCACAGCCUGGAGCAUAUGGUCAGUGUGCUGAUGCCAAACGCUGCCAAGGCCUACAAGCGGCGCAAGAUGAACAAUAUUCCCGCUACCGCUGUCGAAUCUGAGGUCACCGUUGAGGAUAUGGACGCUGAGGAGACGCCAGCUACCACUCUCCUACCAGAAGACAACUGCCGUUUCAUUCCGCCACUGCCUGACUCUGACGACACCCCUCCUCCGCCUCCUCCACCACCUCCUCCGCCUCCUCCCGAGGAGGGGGAGAUUCCCUCCUCACCUUCCUCACCUGGACCGCCUCCUGAGAUCAACUCAUCCAAUGAGGAGGCUUCUCAGCUGAAUGAGGAGGUAUCUCAGCCAGCAACCAGCACUCAGGUGAAUGAGGAAACCUCACAGUCCGCUACCAUUGAAGAUGCCUCAAAUAUUUCCAAUGUGGAGAGCCAGGACUCGCUCUCAUUGAGCGAACUGGAAGACCGUAAACGCGAACUGAUGAACCAGCUGCACGAAUCUAGCUCAUCUUCCACCUCCACAAAAGACAACUCUUCAACGCCAUCUGUCGACAGAAUAAAGAAACCAGAGCUGAGCACUCCGUCUCCCUCGCAUGGCAAAAUGGUGUCGGUCGAUCUGGGAACCCCGAUUUUGAAAAGUUUCUCGCCGUUCAGUAAACUGCCGUCGUCUGAAGCGUUUUCCAAGAACAUCUGUGAUGUGAUAAACUUUGAAAACCUGCCGGAUUCAACCGGCGUUUAUGAGAGGAUGGUCGGUGUUCUCAGCAAAGUUCGGCAGGCUGUUAAACGUAUACAACAGGAGGAUUAAACUUGGUUUUGAAAAUUGUGCAUACAAUAGAAGGAUUAAACUUGGAUUUUGAAGAUCCGAGGAUCAAACUCGGUUUUAGAAACUUGUAUAUAUACAACAGGAGCAUUGAACUUAGUUUUUGAAAACUGGAAUUAAAUUGUUCGUUAGGUGUGAAAAAUAUUUAAACCUGUACCGUGCAAUGUGUAUUUCUAUUACAAAGAUCUUUUCAGUUGAAUUCUGAUUCAAACUGUUUGUUAGAUGUGACAAAGUUGAUGUUUUGUUAGAUGUCCAAGCCUUCAAAGUUAGAACGUGCAGUUAGAAUCUCAGUUUCAAAUAUUUUACAAUAAAACGUUGAUAAAAUUUGUUCAUUUGAAGAAGUCUUUGAACUUAUAUUAUUAUAUCAUUGCAACGUGCAAUGUAGAUUUCUAUUUCAAUGAGCUUUGCAAUAAAAAGUUGGUUUAAUUUAUUCAUUAGAACAAUCCCUCGAACUUAUAUACUAUGCAAUGUAGUAGAUUUCUACUCUAAAGAUCUUUACUAUAAACUUUUGAUUGUAAUUAUUAGUAUAAUGCUAAGAACAUUUGAAAGUAUACAACUGAUGGACUGAUAUUGAUUCCAUCAACUCCUAAAAUCAUUUUUUAUAUUUGUUUGAAAUUGUGAGGAAUUUGUGGAUACAACUGAAAGAAUAAUAUUAAUUUUAUUGAUUUUUAAUACUUAUUUUUUAUCGAAUUUUGAUUGAAAUUGUUACAAGUGACAGGCUUUGAAAGUACUCAAUUGGGGGGCUGAAAACGUCAAUCUAUUUUUGCAAUAAAUUUUUGAUUGCAAUUGGAGUAAGUGAAGUGUGACAAAUGUUUGUGGACUAAUUUAGUUGUACUCUACGAUCAAAAUGUUGAUCGCAGUUUGGCUGUUGAAAUUGUCAACAAAAUCAUGACAAACGCUCAAAAGCGUUUUGAGACUAAGUAAUGUCGAUUUUUUAGAAUAUUUCAAUUGGAGAUCGUUUCAAAUUCGUAGUUGGAUGUGCAAGGAUGAAAUCUUCCUAGUUUCGUUGAAACUAGAAAAAGUGAAAUCACCGUAAAUAGGAAAAGGGGAGACUGAGAAACGAAUUUUGUAAAACUAAAAUUGAUAUUUUACAAUUGAAUCUUAUAUGCAAAACUUGUAAUACUGGAAUUCUAUAAUUAAUAAGUUUUAAGGAUUUGCAUUGAGUUUUAAUUACAAUACCGAAGAUCUUGUUGGUCUAAUUGAACUUGAUAAGUACAA